AUGUGGAGUGACCAGGGCCGGACGUUUAUUGGAGCUAAUAAGGAACUUGCAGCAGCUUGGGCAGAAGCAAAGUUGGAAUUUGAUGGUCAGAUAGCAGAAUCUCUUGCCCUCGAUGGCACUCAAUGGCACUUUAUACCAGCAUACAGCCCUCACAUGGGAGGAUUAUGGGAGGCUGGUGUUAAAUCCAUGAAAUACCACCUGAAAAGGAUAAUGCAAUCCAACUUAACCUAUGAAGAAAUGUCCACCCUGCUCUGCCAAAUUGAAGCAUGUCUGAACUCGCGGCCUCUGUGCCCAAUAGAGGACGAUGAUGACGCACCUCCACUCACGCCAGCUCACUUCUUAGUUGGUGAGUCACUUAAUACCAUCCCAAGUCCUAAUCUGGAAAAUAUUUCGAUGACUUACCUAUCGAGAUGGCAGCGCCUACAAAAAUUAUUGCAAGACUUUUGGCACCGAUGGCAAUCUGAAUAUCUUAAUAGACUUCAACAACGUCAUAAAUGGUGUAAAAGGACAAGAGAGUUAGAUAUCGGUCAGAUCGUCACUAUCAAGAGUGACAACCUGCCACCAGGCAAAUGGAUGCUAGGUCGCAUAACUGGGAAGCACCCCGGCAAUGAUGGAGUCACUCGAGUAUACAGCGUCAAAAGUGGUGACAAUAUCACUAAACGUUCUUCCAAUAAAUUAUGUCUUUUGCCCAUAGAUAUUGAUUAA